ACAGAAUGGGCAUCGGCACCGAUGGGCGGGCCACCGAACCGUUGCCACACUCACGAAAAGUUAGCAAUAAACUAGCCGAUUGCUUUAAGCCAUGGAGUUUCAGUUCGAUACAUAAAUACCCACCGUUUAUGCCCGGUUCUAUUCCUUCAUUAAAACUCUGAGAAUGGUUCAUCUCUCAACUGCAAUGAUUCAUUGAUGACUACCCGACAUUGAUAUCAUAUUGUUUUUGUUUUUUCUUUUUUGGGUAGUCGUCAUAUUCUCUUCCUUCGACAGGGAUAGAUUGCGGCUCUGAAACAAUGGCUGAAUCACGUAGUGUAACAGUGUUUGCCCUGGUUAUUUGCCUUCUGGUUUGGAAUGGUCCCUUAGCUGAAGCAGCUCCUGAAAAAGCUUUGGUGACCCAUCUUCCUGGAUUCAAUGGCACACUUCCUUCUCAACAUUAUGCUGGAUAUGUUACAGUAGAUGAAAAUCAUGGGAGGCAUCUGUUCUAUUAUUUUGUGGAAUCUGAAGGGAACCCUUCUAAGGAUCCUGUUGUUUUGUGGCUUAAUGGAGGACCUGGUUGCUCUAGCUUCGAUGGUUUCGUGUAUGAACAUGGCCCAUUCAAUUUUGCAUUGGCUAAUAAAUCUGGAAGCUUGCCACGUCUACAUCUCAAUCCAUAUAGUUGGACAAAGGUUUCAAGUAUCAUUUACAUGGACUCCCCUGCUGGUGUUGGGCUUUCUUACUCGGAGACUUUGGACGAUUACAGCACGGGUGAUCUGAAGACUGCUUCUGACUCGCACAAAUUUCUCUUGAAGUGGUUUGAGCAAUAUCCAGAGUUCAUUGGAAAUCCAUUUUACAUUUCUGGAGAAUCGUAUGGUGGAGUAUAUGUACCAACUCUUGCUUCUGAAAUAGUUAAAGGAAUUGAGACUGGUGCAAAACCUGCUAUAAAUUUCAAGGGUUAUAUAGUGGGUAAUGGAGUCACAGAUACAGUAUUUGAUGGUGAUGCCCUUGUACCGUUUGCUCAUGGAAUGGGCCUGAUAUCAAAUGAUCUUUACCAGGAUGUUAACAAAGCUUGCCAUGGGAGCUACUGGAAUCCCUCCAAUGAAAACUGUGAGAGCAAGCUGAGCAAAGUCGAUAGAGCAAUCAGCGAUCUAAAUAUAUAUGACAUCCUCGAGCCUUGCUUUCAUAGUAGUGCAAUUAAAGAAGUUGGAUCCCAUCAGAAUCGUUUGCCUUCUAGUUUCAGGCUAUUAGGUGAAUCUAAGAGGCCCCUUCCUGUGAGGAAAAGGAUUUUUGGGAGGGCUUGGCCCCUUAGAGCUCCGGUUAGAGAUGGGUUAGUUCCAACUUGGCCGCAGCUUGGCAAAAAUUUGGUUCCCUGCACUGAUGACGAAGUUGCCCAUGUAUGGUUGAACGAUGAAGGAGUCAGGAAAGCCAUUCAUGCCCAGCCGGAAAAGGUUAGUGGAUCAUGGGAGAUAUGUACUGACCGUAUCAGCUUUAUGCAUGACGCUGGAAGCAUGAUCAAUUAUCACAAAAAUCUGACAGCUAAGGGAUACCGUGCCCUCAUUUACAGUGGUGACCAUGAUAUGUGCGUUCCUUACACUGGGAGCGAAGCUUGGACACGAUCUCUUGGAUAUGAUAUAACAGAUGAAUGGCGACCUUGGUACCUUAAUGAUCAGGUUGUGGGGUGCUGUUAUACAGAUUCACUCAAGGCUAUGAAAACAACCUCACAUUUAUCACCAUAAAGGGAGCAGGACACACGGUCCCCGAAUACAAGCCUCGGGAAGCUCUUGCAUUUUUUAGCCGUUGGCUAGGAGGAAUUCCAAUUUAAUUGCACCAAGUUAUAUUUAUCCCUUUAAUUUCUAUUUUUCCAUUUGUCAUUAGCAAAAUAAUGGUUCUUGUACUGCAAAAGAAGAUUCAUCCUUUGAAAGUUUACAGAAACAAUGGUAACCAACAAAAUAAAAGAACUACUGAAUAUAAAGAAAACGUUGAAGAGCACAUCUAUGGUCUCAGUAUCGAUCUAUA